UCAAUUUUUAUGAUUUUCAGUUUGUUAGGAGUUGAAUGUCAUACGUUCACCCGUACUUUUCACAAGGAAUGCCAAGCCGAUCAGGAUUACUCCGCUUCACGGUACCGUCAGCUUGCGAUGUUUUGUUUUCAACGCCUUCCCAGCUGGUCAGCAAAUUAGGGUGUGAACGAAGAGACUUUGCUAUUGCUGUACGAAUGUUUGUCGGUAGGUAGACAAUCUGGUCUGAAGCAUUACGGCUUUCUUUCACACCUGUGCCAAUUAGGCAGUGCGGCGUCCCUAUUUCCGAACUAUUAGGUAAAAUGUGGUAAAUGAACGUUUUUGAUACCUGUUAAGGACUACCUCGCUCAUACUUGACAACGUAGCGAAAUUUGAACGACAGUUAGAAAGCAAACUCAGUCUUGAUUGGAAACAUUUCAAGUAUGGAUCGAAACUACAAAUUUCGCGUGCUGUAUUCCGUACUAGUUUUAGUGAAUGUGAUUAAAUGUGAACAAAUUUCUCUGGAGCAGAAGUAUAAUGAUGGUGAGCUGAUCGCAAUUGGAUCAUGCAUGGUGAACUGUGGCCCCCGUCAGACAAGAAAGUGUUUUGAUAAUUGCUCAAAUCAAGCUGAGAAUUCGAAACCGUACACGAGGACCAUUAGCUACAGCUUCGCAGUCGAACUAGUGUGCCGUGAGAGUGAUAAACUUGUUCUUAGUGUAGAAGGCGAAGAUCAAGUCGCGAAAUUGAACAUUAUCAACAUCUAUGGAGUCCGACAAGAGUUUACCCUUAUCAAUGACGUAUCCGUCAUUGAAAUUACAAAUCUGCGCCCUGGACAUGCUUAUCAUGUGCAAGCAAUCGUGUUUACUUCUGCCAGUGAUUACCUGUUUACAAAUACCCACACCGUAUUGGAGACCAUGCCGAAGAACUACAUCCCCGGUGCAAUAAACGACAUAGGAAUAGUCAGUUACCAGCCUAACCCGCAGGAUGAAUCAUUCUUGAACGCCUUCGUCGGAUGGAAGCCCACUUCCGAUAUGGCUUGCCAGUACGAGAUCCUUCAUUACUCGUCACAUUCAACGGACUUCCAUCCCACACCUUUACAAAUACAUCAGUUCGGAGGUCCCCAUCAAGCCACGCUGGAAUCUUUGGAGUUUGACACGGAAUUCGAAGUAGCCAUUCGAGCAAAGAAUCCACCUCUCGAGAGCGGUCUUCGUUGGACAUCGUUCCAUACCCCUAGUUGCUUCGAUGUGCACAACUACAGUCAAAUAUGUGCACCGGAAGCCAUAACGAACCUCUCCGUCAAGGCGGAGCCACUGGCCAACAAACACUACCAGCUCAACAUCUCAUGGGAUGAACCUAUCCUCACCCCUAGCAGCUACGAAAUCCACAUUUACGACCUCAACCCGGACAUGACCGAAGAUCUGGCACAUUCCGUUUCCCUGAACGCCACCGGAGAUGUCACUUCCGUCUUUGUGGACGCCGUACCCGUCCAAGGAACGCAGUUCGAAGUAUUCGUCAUAGCACACGCCAACAAUCGGACCACUUCUUCCAACCUGAUAUCCUCGAUACAGAUCCAACGGCUCACCCGGGAUCACUGGAUCGACGCGCUGGUGGUCAUCAUCAUCAUCGCUCUGCUGGUCAUCGGGAAGUUUCUGAUUCCUUUUUUAUGCAAGCGUUUCGCGCGAAUCAAGCGAUACGACAAACCCCGCGGCUGGAAAGGCUUGGAACUGAGCAGUGACAUCGAGGUCCGCAUGCAAAACCUGGAAGGCGCGGAGGAGUCUCAGACGCUUCCCGGAGAGCUGAUUGCACCGAUCAACGACGGAAUGGAGGUACGCUUGGAACAGAUUCAGUUGCUGGACGUUCUGGGUGAGGGUGCUUUCGGCUUGGUUCGGAAAGGGCUGCUGACGACAAAGGAUGGCGAAAGUUUGGACGUUGCUGUGAAGAUGCUGAAGGAGUGUCCCAGUUUGGUGGACAUCAAGGCGUUUCGUCGGGAGAUUGAAGUGAUGAAGUCGGUUGGCAGUCAUCCGAAUGUAGUGUGCAUCGUUGGACAGUACACGGGAAAUGUAACCAGGAUGAUGCUGUUGACAGAGUACUGUAGCGGUGGCAACCUGCUGAACUACCUCCGCGACAUUUGGAACAAGAUUCUGAAGACUCGUUCACCCACGUGUUCACUGUUCGAAGCAUGUGAAACGAUCAAGGUGGAUAGAACAAGACAUAGUUCUGGUUACGAGUCUCCAAGAGACUGCUGUGAAUUCGAUACGGAGCUUCCGGUUAUGGUGGAAAACAAGCUUUAUCAGCACCAGCAGAAGAUUUCCAUUCAGUUUGACAACCAGUGCUACUUUGGAGAGGAAGAAAACAAACUGAACUUACCUAUCACAAGCAACCAGUUGAUGGAAUUCGCACGGCAAAUAGCCCACGGAAUGGAGUUCCUGUCGCGGAAUAGAGUUGUCCAUCGAGACUUGGCAGCCCGGAACAUCCUGGUGAUGGAUGGGACAACUGUCAAGAUAUCCGACUUCGGACUUAGUCGGGACAUCUACCAGGAGAAUAUGUACAGGAAAACGACCAACGGGAAGCUGCCGAUCAAGUGGUUAGCUUUGGAGUCGCUGACCCAUCAGAUGUACACCUCGCAGAGUGACGUAUGGUCGUUUGGGAUCGUGCUGUACGAGAUCUGCACCUUGGGCGGCAAUCCUUAUCCGAUGCUGGAGACGGGUAAUCUACUACUGGAGCUGAAGGGAGGCUAUCGGAUGGAGAGGCCGGCCAGUUGCUGUGAUGAAUUGUACGAGCUAAUGACGAGCUGCUGGAAUACACUGCCCAGCGAAAGACCCACGUUUUCGACGGUGAGCAAUCGGCUGGAAAAAAUGAUCGAACAGAGUAAGGCUGAAGGCAGAAGCCUAAUUGAUUUGAGUGGCAUUAUGGAUUGA